AUGGCAAACAUCCACAGGGAAACUCCAACUAAGCUCUUGCAGAGUGGUGUGUGUGUAUAUGGGGUUAAUCAGUCCCGACACUGUUCCCCACUAGGGAAAGGGAUGCAGUACCUACCGGCGGAUAUGCAGGUUGCUACUAUCCGGCAGCUGUACUAUGAUUGCGCCUCCAUACACUUUGUUGUAUAUGGGAUGAGGUGGGAUUUGGCCACGGCCUCGAAGUCUACGUGGAUAGAAUCUUACAGAUUCAUUCCUUGCUACGUGUGGGUUGGGGCAUCUACAGAAAACGUCCUCGAGAAGGGUUCCCAUUCGCGACUAGUAUCGCUUACAAGCGCUGAGGCUGUAGAAAUGGGAAGACUCGAAGCUGAGUAUGCAUUAUGCCAGGUGCUUGACAAGUGCCUUGUCAGCUGUGGGGAGGGAUAUUUCUGCCUCCCAGGGCCUAACGGUGCCACUCACCCAGCCAGCAUAGAACUAGCUCCACGAAUGCGCCUCAUUUUUGAUGGUGAAAAUGCAUAUGCUUCCUACAACAUGAUCCUAAUUCCAAAAGCUCUGCGACGCGGUAUUACUAGCAUUUAUUUUUCUUCGAAUAAUACUUCCGACGAAAGAUAUUACCUUAAUUCGGAAGAUACCAGCACUGAAUCCUGCCUACAAAACGUCCCCUUUUGGGAGAAUGUGGGAGUGCUCUAUGAACCGGAGAAACCCGAACGACCAUUGCUCAAAUACGCAAUAAUCUAUAGACCUGAAAUAAUCAAAGAAAUUUUCCCAAGUUUGAAAUGCAUGGCAAUUGCGGCGAACGAGGAGGGAAAAGUUGAGAAAUCCCCACUAUACGUUGGGUUUAGCCUUUUGUUCGAUGGACUGGAGCGGUUAGAGAUUGUCUUCCAGAAUCCCUCUACCGAUCGAUUCCGGCGAAAUAAACUGUGGGAGGAUCUCAGGACGAUAAAUCUAUGCAGGUAUACUGCUGAUGCGGGUGGCCAGUUCGAUCUUGUAUGCCCAACAUACGACGGAGGUCCUGGUGCAUUGAAGCUUCGUAACAGUACUGGACAUAUUGAUUCAGUUAGUCUCCUCCUUGAGAAAGUUGGUGAGGAGGAGCUGGAUGCGAGAGGCCGACAUAAAAGGUCCGCUUGUCUUCAGGGAGGGCCUGAGUUUGUGCUAGAAGAAUUCGAAGUAUGGGCUUGGAAAGUAGUUAGAUUGCCGGUGUUUUCCUAUCUUCCUUUGGUAUCCGGCAGGCCGCCCCCCGCCCUCGAAACCCAAAUUUUAGUUCAAAACGAGAUUGUCCUAUAA